AUGGACUCGAGGCCGGCAUCCCAUCAAGUCACUACCGUCGCAGCAGUCUUGAACCCGAACCCGGACGGAAAUCGCGAUUCCGCUUACUUUUCCGGUGCAGAUGCCUCCAGCAAGCACAAUUCGGCCGCCUCCAACAUGACCAUCUCGGUCUUCAGCCCAACCAACUCCAGCUACCCCUCUUCUUCGGCCGAUAAGACGCCUUCGCCAGUCGCCACAGGCGCCAUGCCCCAGACUCUAGUCUCUCCUACCCAAAGCAACAUGAGCGUCGCGUCCAUGGUGUCCCCAACCACACCCGGCAGUGCAAACCCCCGACGGGCCGAUCGCCCUACCUCCCUCGAGAACGGCCAACCGAAUGGGAUGCUCGAUCCAGUUAUGCAGGCCGCGGGCCGUCGUGAAAGUGUCGACAGCAGGAUGAACCAAGGGUUCAGCGACAUGAGGCUCGGCGCUUCUUCUCCCUACGCGACUCACAAUCAAUCGACUUCGUCAAUUCAAAAUACACUCAACCAGCAGCGAAACCCGCGACCAGGUCUGGAAAAUGUUGCUAUCCACCGCAUUUCCAAUGGAUACCAGCCGAGUGCGGAGAGGGAGCCUCUAGCCAAGCUGGGCAAGACUGCUCCCGCGAUCACAGGACCUGCGACAAGUCAGAUUGCGCGAGCCGCUGAGCCUACCAAGGGCCAAGCCUGGGCCUUCCCUGACGGCGACGAGAGGGAGGAGGCGGCACGGUACGGUCAGCCGUCGCACAACACAUCUUUCCUGGACUCUCGGCGCAGCAGUGUUACCGAGUCGAUUGCGAGCAGCCAGUUCACCACGGAAUCCAGGUUGCCGCCUGGCCAGCGAAGACUGGACGAAAACGCCGAGUACAACCACAUGGGUCAUGCCUCAACAGACUUCCCACCAGUGCAUCACCACUCUCUGCAGCACAAACAGCUAGGGGACCUCCAGGACGAGGAUGCGGAAUCGAGAGCUGGUGCUCAACCAUACAGCCGUACUCCUGAACUUCGCAAGAGUCACAAGCUGGCUGAGCGGAAGCGAAGAACAGAGAUGAAGGAGCUGUUCGACCAACUUCGCGACUUGAUGCCCCAGGAACGAGGGUCCAAGGCCUCCAAGUGGGAGAUUUUGACCAAGGCCAUCACGGAGCACCAGCGAAUGGCGGAUGCCGUCCGUGUGAUGCAGAAUCAAAACGCCUCUAUUGCGUCAGAGAAUGAUCAGCUGCGCCGGGAGAACCACGCGCUUAUGCUUCAGCUGCGAGGCCAGCCUCCUCAACAGGCACCCCCCCCUCCACCUGCGGCUAGCUACGCGUCAGAUCCCUAUGCCCACCGCCCGGAGCUACCUCCUCUGCGCGCCCUCAAUGGCGGCCCUCCCAGCGGGCCUGAGUCAAUGACGGGUGUGCAAUACGAUGCUCCGCGUGCUGGCGGAUAUCGACCUGCAGAGCGGUACUGA